CGCUCCCGGCGCUCCGUUGGCAGCCUCGGGGACGCGCCCCGGUGAUCCAGGAGGCUCCGCGCAGAGCAGCGUCGUCUCAUCUGCAGCUGGACGGAGACUGAACGACGUGGACCGACCGGACCGAGGAGAGGAUGAAGCGAACAGCUUUCCUGCUGGUGUUUGGAGUCGUGCUGAGCUUCUGUGAGGCUCAGACGGACACAGGAGGCGAGGAGACGGGUGGAGAGGAGGAACAUGUGGAGCUCUUCACCACCCCUCAGACUAAGAUGGGCGCCGCUACGUCGGACUUCGGCUACAACCUGUUCCGCUCUCUGGCGAGCCGCGACGCUUCCACCAACAUCUUCCUGGCCCCCAUCAGCGUGUCGGCGGCACUGACGCAGCUCUCCAUGGGAGGGUCUGAGCGUGCUCAGAGGCAGCUGUUCCGGGCUCUGAGGUACCACAACCUGCAGGACCCGCAGCUCCACAACACCCUGAAGGACCUGCUGACUGCCGUCAAGGCGCCCGGCAAAGGCCUGAGCACCGCGGCACGCAUCUACCUGGACCGACGACUUCGUCUGAAACAGGAGUUCUUCGCGCUGGUGGAGCAGCAGUAUGGAGUUCGUCCUAAAGGUCUGCAGGGAGCCGCCAGAGACGUGAAUGAAGUCAACAGCUGGGUGUCUCAGCAGACGGGCGGGAAGGUUCAGAGCCUCCUGACCUCGGCCUUCCCCCGAAACUUCGGAGUGAGCACCGUGAGCGCCGGCUACUUUAAAGGGAAGUGGGUGACUCGCUUCGGUCAGAGUGGAGCGAUGGAGAACUUCCAGGUAGAUGGUGGCGCUUCAGUCCGCAUUCCCAUGAUGCAACAGGAUAACUACCCUGUGAAGAUGGGUGCUGACUCAGACUUGAGCUGCGUGAUCGCUCAGAUCCAGAUGCAGAACGACGUCAGCAUGUUCAUCUUCCUGCCGGAUGACGUCACCUCCAACAUGACGCUGCUGGAGGAGAGUCUGACCGCCGAGUUCGUUCAGGACCUCUCCAUGACGCUGCUUCCUGCCCAGGUGUCGCUGACGCUGCCUGCGCUGAAGCUCAGCUACUCCACAGACCUGCAGCCACUGCUCAGCGACCUGGGUCUCUCCGAGUGGCUCGCUGACACCGACCUGGAGAAGAUCUCGGCGCUACCCGCCAAGCUCAGUAGCGUCCAUCACAAGGUCGUCAUGGAGACGGCGCCCGAGGGGAACCAAUACCCCGGCACCACCUCGACCCCGAGCCACCUGAUCUACAGGGUGGACCGCCCCUUCCUCUACCUGAUCCGAGACGAAGUGUCGGGGGCUCUGCUAUUUAUUGGCAGGGUGGUCAACCCCAAGACCCUGACAAUGUAACACACACACACACACGCACGCACACACACACACACACACACACACACGCACGCACACACGCACACACACACACACACACAUAUACACACACACUCUUAGCAGGUCCUAGGAGGGAUUCAGGUGUUUGUGGUGGCAGAUAUUUGUGAGGAUAUUUGAUUUAAUUUGAUUCUUUACUUUUCAUGUUGAAACAUUAUUGAUCUGAUGGACACACACACACACACACACACACACACACACACACACACACACACACACACACCGACGAGUUUCUUAAAGGAUCGUUUUUAUAAGAAAUCAGAUAUUGUCAUUUGUUCGAGCAAAAUAAAUACGACAAUGAAACGAAACGUG